GUGUCAUUUGCGAUCAAGAGCACGCGCUCCUGUGCUUCAGUGUCACUGGCGCUCCGCGCGCUGACAGCCUGCUGCCGCUGCCGCUGCUGGACGGGAGCUAUGGAGGAGAAACCCAAAGAUGAGAGCGCCAAAGACCCGCAAUCGACGUCCUACCAGAGAAGGAUGUGGAGGACUUUCCAAGAGAAGACCAAACCGUUUUUGAGCCCCAAACUGGGGUCCGAACGACGCAGCGGGGAUGCUAAAAAAGAAAGCGGAUUGUGGAUGUUUAAAAGAAAGAAGAAACAGGUCUUGGACCGGGUCUUCUCGUCCUCGCAGCCCAAUUUGUGCUGCUCAACUCCGCCGUCUUUCGUAGGCGACAGGACCCUGUGCGAGCAGCCGGGCUCUAGCGCCGGUAAAGGGCUCGGGAUCUCCCCGCUGGCCGUUGCUGAUGGAGCAUCAGUCAGUAAACCGGAGAUUUCCCUAUCCGCGCACGGGAGCCCCAAGCUGCUGGUGUCUCAUCUGGUUAUGUCCCAGCAGAAGAGCUCGUCCUUGGGCUCGACGUGCUUCGAGAAGCUGGUGGUGGAUUCGGCAGCAUCCAGUGAGGAUGAGCUGGCUAAAAACGCCAGUGACCUGGGUAUCAAUAUUGUGGAGCCAAGUAAUGAAGAACUUCCUCUCCCGUCAAAGCCAGGAAUGUAUCAGCUGGACAUUGUGUUGAAGAAGGGCAAUAAUCUGGCCAUCAGGGACAGGGGAGGGACCAGUGACCCAUAUGUGAAGUUUAAGAUCGCAGGGAAAGAGGUUUUCCGCAGCAAAACAAUCCACAAAAACCUGAACCCAGUAUGGGAUGAGAAAGUCAGUCUGCUGGUGGAAAGUUUGAGAGAGCCGCUCUAUGUGAAGGUCUUUGACUAUGACUUUGGGCUGCAGGAUGAUUUUAUGGGCUCUGCAUAUCUCCAUUUAGAGUCCCUGGAGCACCAAAGGACCUUGGAUGUGACCCUUGACCUCAAAGAUCCCCACUAUCCCAACCAUGACCUGGGUUCACUGGAACUGGCAGUCACACUUAUUCCAAAAGAGGGAGACUUCAGGGCAGCAGGUUUCCGCAGCAUUGAUGUAUUCACAGGGACCAGUGACCCAUAUGUGAAGUUUAAGAUCGCAGGGAAAGAGGUUUUCCGCAGCAAAACAAUCCACAAAAACCUGAACCCAGUAUGGGAUGAGAAAGUCAGUCUGCUGGUGGAAAGUUUGAGAGAGCCGCUCUAUGUGAAGGUCUUUGACUAUGACUUUGGGCUGCAGGAUGAUUUUAUGGGCUCUGCAUAUCUCCAUUUAGAGUCCCUGGAGCACCAAAGGACCUUGGAUGUGACCCUUGACCUCAAAGAUCCCCACUAUCCCAACCAUGACCUGGGUUCACUGGAACUGGCAGUCACACUUAUUCCAAAAGAGGGAGACUUCAGGGAAGCAACCAUGCUUAUGAGAAGGAGCUGGAAACGAUCCAGUAAGCAUCAGAGUCUGAGGUUAUCAGACGUUCACAGGAAGGCUCAGCUGUGGAGAGGCAUCGUUAGCAUUAGUCUCAUCGAGGCCCAUGACCUCCAGCCUAUGGACGCCAAUGGCUUAAGUGACCCUUAUGUCAAAUUCAGAAUGGGACAUCAAAAGUACAAAAGUAAGACGAUACCAAAAACACUAAACCCCCAGUGGAGAGAGCAGUUUGACUUCCACUUGUAUGAUGAACAGGGCGGUUUCAUUGACAUCACCAUCUGGGAUAAAGAUGCAGGGAAGAAAGAUGACUUUAUGGGCAGGUGCCAGGUGGACCUCUCUCUUCUCUCAAAGGAGUGCACACACAGACUGGACCUGCCUCUGGAGGAGGGUGAGGGCUCACUGGUGCUGCUGGUCACGCUCACAGCCUCUGCUGCUGUCUCCAUUUCUGACCUGUCCGUCAACAUAUUGGACGACCUCCACGAGAGGAAGGAGAUUCUCCACAGAUACUGUGUGUGUGUGUCCCUCACAGGCAAGAGUGACCCCUUCUGUGUAGUGGAGCUCAGCAACGAUCGGUUACAGACGCACACCGUGUACAAAAACCUCAACCCAGAGUGGAACAAAGUCUUCACGUUCAAUGUGAAAGACAUCCACUCAGUCUUAGAGGUGACUGUCUUUGACGAAGACAGAGACCGAAGUGCCGACUUCUUGGGCAAAGUGGCUAUACCGUUGUUAAAUAUCCAAAAUGGAGAACGCAAAGCUUACGCCUUGAAAAGCAAGGAACUGACAGGGCCAACCAAAGGGGUCAUCUUUCUCGAAAUAGACGUGAUUUAUAACAUUGUAAAAGCCGGCUUGAGAACUUUGAUUCCCAUCGAGCAGAAAUACAUCGAAGAGGAGCCGCGAGUGUCCAAACAGCUGCUGCUGCAGAACUUCAACAGAGUGAGGCGCUGUAUCAUGUUCCUGAUCAAUGCUGGCUGCUAUAUCAACAGCUGCUUUGAGUGGGAGUCUCCUCAGAGGAGCAUCUGUGCCUUUCUGGUAAGAACCAGUAUGCAUUCAACCACACCAUCAGUCACAUACAGCGGCUCCAGAAUGUAUUUGGACACAUUUGUGUUGGGCCACAAUUGA